AGGAAAGAUAUGGAGGAACUGAAAAAGGAAGUGGUCAUGGAUGAUCACAAGUUAACCUUGGAAGAGCUGAGCGCCAAGUAUUCUGUGGAUCUGACAAAUGGUCUUAGGACUCAUUGGCAAGCUCUGGUAAUUCGAGGAGGUGAGAAGAUGCAGAUUAAUGCACAAGAUGUGGUGUUGGGAGACCUGGUAGAAGUGAAGGGUGGAGACCGAAUCCCUGCUGACCUCCGGCUUAUCUCUGCACAAGGAUGUAAGGUGGAUAAUUCAUCCUUAACUGGGGAGUCAGAACCCCAAUCUCGUUCACCUGAUUUCACCCAUGAGAACCCUCUGGAGACCCGAAACAUCUGCUUCUUCUCCACCAACUGUGUGGAAGGAACAGCCCAGGGCAUUGUGAUUGCUACAGGAGACUCCACAAUGAUGGGGCGAAUUGCCUCACUGACAUCAGGCCUGGCAGUUCGCAAGACCCCCAUCGCCACUGAGCUUGAACACUUCAUCCACCUGAUCACAUCAGUGGCCAUCUUUCUGGGUGUCACUUUUUGUGUGAUCUCACUUAUCUUAGGCUAUGGCUGGCUGGAGGCUGUCAUUUUUCUUAUUGGCAUCAUUGUGGCCAAUGUGCCUGAGGGGCUGCUGGCCACUGUCACUGUGUGCCUGACCCUGACAGCCAAGCGCAUGGCGCAGAAGAACUGCCUGGUGAAGAACCUGGAGGCGGUGGAGACGCUGGGCUCCACGUCCACCAUCUGCUCGGACAAGACGGGCACCCUCACCCAGAACCGCAUGACCGUCGCCCACUUGUGGUUCGAUGAGACCGUGUAUGAGGCCGACACCAGCGAAGAACAGACUGGGAAAACAUUUUUCAAGGGCUCUGAUACCUGGUUUAUCCUGGCCCGAAUCGCUGGCCUCUGCAACCGGGCUGACUUCAAGGCCAAUCAGGAGACCCUGCCCAUCCCUAAGCGGGAGACAACAGGCGAUGCUUCUGAGACAGCGCUCCUCAAGUUCAUUGAGCAGUCUUACAGCUCUGUGAAGGAGAUGAGAGAGAAAAACCCCAAGGUGGCAGAGAUUCCCUUUAAUUCCACCAACAAGUACCAGAUGUCCAUCCACCUUCAGGAGAACAGCUCCCAGACCCAUGUAUUGAUGAUGAAAGGUGCUCCUGAGCGGAUCCUGGAGUUUUGCUCUACUUUCCUUCUGAAUGGGCAGGAGUACCCAAUGGACGAUGAAAUGAAGGAAGCCUUCCAAAAUGCCUACUUAAAGAUGGGAGGGCUGGGGGAACGUGUGCUAGGGUUCUGCUUCUUGAAUCUGCCUAGCAGCUAUUCCAAGGGAUUCCACUUUAAUACAGAUGAAAUAAAUUUUCCUAUGGAUAAUCUUUGUUUUGUGGGCCUCAUAUCCAUGAUUGACCCUCCCCGAGCCGCAGUGCCUGAUGCUAUGAGCAAGUGUCGCAGUGCGGGGAUUAAGGUGAUCAUGAUAACAGGCGAUCAUCCCAUUACAGCCAAGGCCAUUGCCAAAGGUGUGGGCAUCAUCUCAGAAGGCACUGAGACAGCAGAUGACAUUGCUGCCCGGCUUAAGAUCUCUGUCAGCCAGGUCGAUGCCAGCACUGUCAAAGCCAUUGUGGUGCAUGGCUCAGAACUAAAGGAUAUGAACUCACAGCAGCUUGAGCAGAUCCUCCAGAACCACACAGAGAUCGUGUUUGCUCGGACCUCCCCCCAGCAGAAGCUCAUCAUUGUAGAGGGGUGUCAGAGGCUGGGAGCUAUUGUGGCAGUGACGGGUGACGGGGUGAACGACUCUCCUGCACUGAAGAAGGCCGACAUCGGCAUUGCCAUGGGCAUCGCUGGCUCUGACGUUUCCAAGCAGGCAGCUGACAUGAUCCUUCUGGAUGACAACUUUGCCUCUAUUGUCACAGGCGUGGAGGAGGGCCGCCUCAUCUUCGACAACCUGAAGAAAUCCAUCGCCUACACCCUGACCAGCAACAUUCCUGAGAUCACGCCCUUCCUGCUGUUCAUCAUCCUCCGUAUACCCCUGCCUCUGGGCACCAUAACCAUCCUCUGCAUUGAUCUGGGCACUGACAUGGUCCCUGCUAUCUCCUUGGCUUACGAGUCAGCUGAAAGCGACAUCAUGAAGAGGCUUCCACGGAACCCAAAGACUGAUAAUCUAGUGAACAACCGUCUCAUUGGCAUGACCUAUGGACAGAUUGGGAUGAUCCAGGCUGUGGCUGGAUUCUUCACCUACUUUGUGAUCCUGGCUGAGAAUGGUUUUAGGCCUACUGAUCUGCUGGGCAUACGCCUCAACUGGGACGAUCGGUAUGGGAAUGAUCUGGAAGACAGCUACGGGCAGCAGUGGACCUAUGAGCAGCGGAAGGUGGUGGAGUUCACGUGCCACACGGCCUUCUUUGUCAGCAUCGUGGUUGUGCAGUGGGCUGACCUCAUCAUCUGCAAGACCCGCCGCAACUCCAUCUUCCAGCAGGGCAUGAAAAACAAGAUCCUAAUAUUUGGGAUCCUGGAGGAGACCUUCCUGGCUGCUCUUCUAUCCUACACUCCAGGCAUGGACCUGGCCCUGCGAAUGUACCCCCUCAAGAUGGUCUGGUGGUUCUGUGCCAUUCCCUACAGCAUUCUUAUCUUCAUCUAUGAUGAAAUCAGAAAACUCAUCAUCCGUCAACGGCCCGGUGGCUGGCUGGAGAGGGAGACGUACUACUAA